UCAUUCCGCCUCCGUUUUCUGAAAAAUAAAAACGUCAAAAAAUGUCAAUACGCGCAUGAUAUCUUUCUGUUUCUGUUUUUAGAAUAGAAAAAUAAGCCUACUUUUCUUUGUUCAAUAGAAAUUAAUGGAAGUUGUGGUUAAAUAAGUUUAUAUUAGUGGUCUUGAUGGUUUCGGGUGACGAUUCCAAUGGUAGAUUAUCGCGAAAAACCACAAGGUCCCCAAACCGAAAAUCAAAGAAGACCGAUGCAGACCUAGCGAAGGGGUCAGCGUUGCGAAAUGACGCGCAACCUUCUGUUCACAAGAGGAACCUCUACGUGGUCUCUUUCCCCAUCAUCAUUCUGUUCAACGUCCUGAGAUCUCUUCUCUAUCAAGUAUUUAUCAUUUUCAAAUAUUUAUACUCAGCCACUCAUCGGUUGAUGCACAAAUCCCAGAAGAAUGGAGAGUGUAACCUAGAAGUGAUCGUAAAAGACGGGAUAGUGUCCACAGAGGUGAUCCAAGGUGAAGAGAUGAGUCAUCAUCACCACAAUGUGGGGCCGGGGGACCCCUUACUGGCUAAACAGAAGCACCACCAUCGAAAAGCUUUUGAAUACAUAUCCAAGGCUUUGAAGAUUGAUGAGGAGAAUGAAGGACAAAAGGAACUUGCAAUAGAGUUGUACAAAAAAGGAAUUUAUGAGUUGGAGAGGGGCAUCGCGGUGGACUGCUGGGGCGGCCGUGGAGACGCGUGGCAGCGGGCCCAGAGGCUGCAUGACAAAAUGAAGACCAACCUCGGGAUGGCUAAGGACAGACUACACUUCCUUGCCAACCUAGUCGCCCUCAGUAACUUGGGGGUAGAGAGUGAGCCAGAAAGAAAUGAAAUAAAAUCUGCAGAGUCUACUUUAAAACGAAGACCGUUAGAAAAAGCCAAGACUUUUCUAAUAACUCACACUGAGGGUGUCAGCGGGCAAGCAAAGUCCACAUCUGAAGUUGCAGGCAAGAAGUUGACAACAGCGGGGCGGCGUGUGCCGGGCGGCUCCGGAGGUCCGCUGCUGAAGAGCCAGACCCUGCCCCGGUCCAUGGGCAGGUCCUCAUCCCAACCCAAUAGCUCUACUAAUGGGAACUACAGCAGAUACCCCGUGAAGCCUGCUUCUACGCCGCCCGCCGUCAAGCGACAGCUUUCUUCUGUGUACCAGGUGCCCAACAACGGCUCACCAGUUCGGCGCGCCGUCGGCGGCGGCUCCCAGCGUGGGACGCCCACUCGGUCGCGGACUCCGCAGGCGCUCAUGAGCGGCCGCAUGGUGGACCCGAAGCUUGUGCAGCUGAUACUGGAUGAGAUCGUGGAGGGCGGGCCGAAGGUGCACUGGGAUGAUAUCACUGGGCAGGAGGCGGCGAAACAAGCCCUGCAGGAGAUGGUGGUGCUGCCGGCGCUGCGGCCCGAGCUGUUCACGGGGCUGCGCGCGCCCGCCCGCGGCCUGCUGCUGUUCGGACCGCCGGGGAAUGGCAAGACCCUGCUAGCGCGCUGCGUGGCGGCGGAGUGCUCGGCCACGUUCUUCUCCAUCUCGGCGGCGUCGCUCACCAGCAAGUACGUGGGCGACGGCGAGAAGAUGGUGCGCGCGCUGUUCCAGGCCGCGAGGGAGCUGCAGCCCUCCAUAAUCUUCGUUGACGAGGUAGACUCUCUACUCUGCGAGCGUUCUUCAGGCGAGCACGAGGCGUCGCGGCGGCUCAAGACAGAGUUCCUGGUGGAACUGGACGGUCUACCGGCAGCCGGGGCGGAUAGGCUGGUGGUGAUGGCUGCGACUAAUAGGCCGCAUGAGCUGGAUGAGGCUGCUCUCAGACGUUUCCCCAAACGCGUAUACGUCUCACUCCCCGACGAGCAAACCCGAGCGGCACUCUUAACCCGUGUGCUGUCGCGCGGCGCGGCGUCUUCUGCCGUUGACGACGCUCAGGUGGCGGAGCUGGCGGCGCGCACCGAGGGGUACUCGGGCAGCGACCUCGCCGCCCUGUGUCGCGAUGCCGCGCUCGGACCCAUUAGAGAACUGGACCCCGAGGAAGUGAAGAGCCUGGACCCGUCGCUGGUGCGUCCGAUCACGUUGCAAGACUUCCUGGACUCGCUGAAGAGGAUCCGGCCGUCGGUGUCGCCGCACAGCCUGGUGGCCUACGAGAAGUGGUCGCUGCAGUAUGGCGAGCUCGGCAUGUGAGGGGAGCUGACAGGUAUCACAGGAUUCAAUCAGCCGGUUAGUCUAUAACUAACUAUUGUAUCAAGAUGGAGGUCCAGGGGUAAGAUUAAGAAUGACAUAUGUAUGUACUGUUGGGUGGGGAAUGUUUUCAACAAAAUGCAUUUAAUCUUCGCUCAAAUUUUACAAAUAUCUCAGUCUUAUGAUGAUACAGAACCGAUAUUUCUAUACUCUUUCAUUGUAAUUCUUUAUAACGGGCUGGUUAUAAAACAGAUCUAGUCAAUGCCCGAUCUGAUUCUAUUAUAGAAUUUAAAUAACGCGUUUCGGCGAAUCUCACAUCUCCCUUUCACUUAAGUAAUUAUAUAAAGGAGACAAAAUAUCAAACAUAGUCAAUAUAUUUUGUCCCUCUCGCACUAAAAUACCAUAUGAUCCCAAAAAGUCCCCUAAUUAAUUUUAUUAUUGCCUUAUGUGGUCUUUUAUCGAAUCUUAAAAGAUCUGGUAUCGUUAUUAAUAACUAAACAUUCUCAUCAGAACCUAAAUAAAACCGUAAACUUGCCAUGAUACCUGUGUAAAGUGUUUGUGUUGUCUAUGAAGACGGAUGGUGAAUCCAUAACUGCACUACCGUACCGAUACGACCCCACAAUUCCAAAAUGGCGGCUGUUACUGAAUCCACCAAUCACAAGUGAGCUUGCUCAGUGGCGCCAUUUGAAAGAGGCUUAAACUUUAAUCUAUGAAAUGAAGUACAAGUUAGUCCACACUGUCUAGGUUGAGGUUAUCUGUCGGACAAUAAUCAUAUCAGUUUAAAGGGUUGUCCUAAUAGACGACUAAAAUGGUAGUGCUUAUGCGAAUCGGCGGUCGUUUCGCUUACUCGUGAUUCAUCUAUUAGGACGACAUGCCUAAAGUUUUGACACAGUAACAGCAUUUAAGCACACAGAUAAAUUUUAUCCUGACUUUGUGAAUCAGCUAUAAAUGCUAUUUUGUAGC